UUUGUUUUCGACGUGGGUGGACGAUGUGCCGCUUCGUUCCGCCGCUGAGUGCUUGUUUUUUUUGUAUUCCUUAGGUUUAAAUAAUAAAGUUUAGAAUAUAUUUAGCCAUAACUAAUCCGCACAUCGAUGAAAUUUGGCCAACAAUUGUGAUGUUCCCAUAUAACAGAUUUACGUGUAUUUAAAAAAAAUAUAUACAAACAAAUAGUAAAGUCAAAACUUUGCAGAUGCUGCACAAAUAAAACAACAACAAACUCGAUACGCCAACAUAUUUGCAAAAAAAAAAUAAAUAACAAAACUAUCUCCCUCCCCCUGGGAGAGCAGGUGCCCACAAAGCUCUCAUACCCUCCCGCACGUUAAGUCGGUGGAACGCAACGCCAGCAAAAUUUUAAUCAAGCCAUUCCAAAACAAGAAACGGCAAACGAAGCGAAGCCCGCAGAAUGCAUCCGAUGCAAGUCAACUGCGGCAUGGAUAUAGCAUUGCACUAAUUGAAGUCGAGAUCCUAGGGACCAAAGUACCAUGGACUACUCGUCGUCAUUUGUAUGCAAAGCAAAAGCAAUAGCACCAGGAGAAACGAAAAUGCAGAACAGCGGCUAAGCGGGAAGUCCACAAGCUGCAUUUAAGCCAAACAAACACAACCACAAGAAGCAAAAAAUAAAAAGCAACAAGAAAAAAAAGGAAACGCAAAAUCACUUUAGAUUUAUAUAGGCAAAAGAAGAAGGAGCUUCAGGAUGAUGAGUGCAGGUGGAACGUAUAUAUCCACAGCGAGUGUGGAAGUGCCACAGGCUUUGCAGGAUGGCGAGAAAUUUGUUAAAUGGGAUGAUGACUCGGGCAGUGGAACACCAGUUACAAUGCGUGUGGAUGCCAAAGGAUUCUUUCUCUGCUGGGUGGAUCAGAAUAAUGAGCUGGAUAUAUUGGAUAUAGCCACUAUACGGGAUGUACGUACUGGACAAUAUGCCAAGAAGCCAAAGGACUCUAAGCUACGUCAGAUUGUGACACUGGGGCCACAGGAUACGCUCGAAGAGAAAACUGUCACCAUUUGCCAUGGCUCCGAUUUUGUCAAUAUGACAUUUGUGAACUUUUGCUGCACCAGAAGGGACAUUGCCCAGCUCUGGUCGGAUGGCCUUAUCAAAUUGGCUUAUAGUCUGGCGCAAUUGAACGGUUCGGCCAUAAUGUUUCUGCAGAAGGCUCACACAAAGCUCUGUCUGCAGGUGGACAAGAGUGGACGGAUACCAGUGAAAAACAUCAUUAAACUUUUUGCGCAGAAUAAAGAGGAUCGCAAACGUGUCGAGAAGGCGCUGGACGUGACCGGUUUGCCAUCCGGCAAAGUCGAUAGUAUAUCGGUGUCAAAAUUUCAAUUCGAAGACUUUUAUAAUUUAUAUAAAUGUCUGACGCAACGUUCAGAGGUUGAGCGACUCUUUGACAGCAUUGUUGGCAACUCCAAGCGCAAAUGUAUGUCGAUUGCCCAAUUGGUGGAAUUUCUUAAUAAAACCCAACGUGAUCCACGCUUAAAUGAAAUCCUCUAUCCCUAUGCAAAUCCUGCCCGCGCCCAAGAACUCAUUCAACAAUAUGAGCCCAACAAGUUUAAUGCACAAAAAGGCCAGCUAAGUUUGGAUGGCUUUUUGAGAUAUCUCAUGGGCGAUGAUAAUCCCAUUAUGGCCCCCAAUAAACUCGAUCUCUGCGAUGAUAUGGAUCAACCGUUGUCGCACUAUUUCAUUAACUCUUCACAUAACACAUACCUAACUGGCCAUCAACUGACUGGUAAAUCAUCGGUGGAGAUAUAUAGACAAUGCCUCUUGGCCGGUUGCAGAUGCGUGGAACUGGACUUUUGGAAUGGACGUACCGAAGAGCCCGUCAUUGUGCAUGGCUAUACAUUUGUGCCCGAAAUCUUUGCAAAGGACGUGCUGGAAGCCAUCGCAGAGAGUGCAUUUAAAACAUCCGAAUACCCUGUGAUAUUGAGUUUUGAGAAUCACUGCAAUCCAAGGCAACAGGCGAAAAUUGCCAACUAUUGCCGCGAAAUAUUUGGUGAUAUGUUGCUGGACAAACCAAUGGAUUCUCAUCCAUUGGAGGCAAAUGUGGAUUUACCGCCACCUUCUAUGCUGCGGCGUAAGAUCAUUAUCAAGAACAAGAAGAAGCAUCAUCAUCACCAUCAUCAUCAUCAUCAUAAGAAGCCAGCACAGGCAGCCACGGCUGGUCAGGGAACACCAGCUGCCAGCAAUAAACUGACGACGGCCAAUUCAGUGGAUGCAGCAGCGAAAGCGGCAGCGCAACAAGUAGCAGCAGCAUCCCAUGAAGAUGGCCCAGUUGGAGCAGGCGGUGUACGCACAAGCACUGCCAAUGGUGACAUUGUGAGUGGUUCUGGAACGGGUCAUGCCCCACCGUUGCAACAAAUCCGACAAAGCUCCAAGGAUAGCACUGGCUCCUCCGACUCGGAUAGCUCCUCAGAUGAUGAAUCCCUGCCCAAUACCACACCAAAUCCUCCAAGUGGAAAUGAACCACCGCCGGAGAAGGCACAAAAGGAGACAGAAGCCGGUGCCGAGAUUUCAGCGCUUGUGAACUAUGUUCAGCCCAUACAUUUUAGCUCCUUUGAGAAUGCCGAGAAAAAGAAUCGCUGCUAUGAGAUGUCAUCGUUUGAUGAGAAACAGGCCACCACUCUGCUUAAGGAACGGCCCAUUGAGUUUGUCAACUAUAAUAAACAUCAAUUGUCGCGAGUUUAUCCGGCGGGCACACGCUUCGAUAGCUCCAAUUUUAUGCCACAACUUUUCUGGAAUGCCGGCUGUCAAUUGGUGGCUUUGAAUUUCCAAACUUUGGAUCUGGCUAUGCAACUUAAUUUGGGUAUUUUCGACUAUAAUGCACGUUCGGGUUAUUUACUUAAACCGGAGUUUAUGCGUCGUUCGGAUCGUAGAUUAGAUCCAUUUGCCGAGAGCACUGUGGAUGGCAUUAUAGCUGGAACUGUGUGCAUUACCGUACUUUCGGGACAAUUUCUAACGGACAAGCGUGUGAAUACAUUUGUGGAAGUGGAUAUGUAUGGCCUGCCGGCGGAUACAGUACGCAAAAAGUUUCGCACCAAGACAGUACGAGAUAAUGGCAUGAAUCCUGUGUACGAUGAGGAACCAUUUGUCUUUAAGAAAGUCGUGCUGCCCGAAUUGGCUAGCAUACGUAUUGCAGCCUAUGAGGAAGGUGGCAAAUUGAUAGGACAUCGUGUGCUGCCCGUAAUUGGUCUUUGUCCCGGCUACAGGCAUGUGAAUCUGCGCUCCGAAGUGGGUCAACCCAUUGCCCUGGCAUCGCUAUUCCUUUGUGUGGUUGUCAAGGACUAUGUGCCCGAUGAUCUAUCGAAUUUCGCUGAAGCUCUGGCCAAUCCCAUCAAAUAUCAAAGUGAAUUGGAGAAGCGAGACAUUCAGCUGUCCGUGUUGACAGAUGAGACGGAUGCUAUAUCCAAUCAGGAAGAGGAAUUAUCCAAGUCAUUCGUUUUCGUCCAAGUAGGUGGCCAGAAGAAAGAGCUACGCCCCAUCGAAUCGUUAGCCACAUCACCAAAACACAGAGCCAGCAUAUCGGCAGCGGCUGCUCUCAGUGUUGAGGUGCCAAUGGAUCGUCCCGAUGGCAGUGGCCGCACCGCUGAGGAUAGUAUUUCUCAAGUGGUACCCAGUAUUCAGCAUCAGCAUUCUCUCGAUCAAUCUGUGAGCACUUCCAUACGUCAGGUGGAAUCCUCACAGUUCGAUGUGGAUUUGGUGGUGGCUGAACCACUGGAAAAGCUGCUCGAACACAAAACGGUGCGUGAGAAACGUCUCGAGAUGGAGAAAAAACUUGAAUCGUUGCGCAAGAAACACGACAAGGAGAAAAUCAAAAUUGCGGGACAGAAAUUGAGUCCACUGGAUGGGGGCAAGAAGCCAAAGUUUACUAUAACUAAUAAACUGGUGAAACGUCUCAGCAACAAGAGUCUUAAUUGUCUCUCUCCGAACAGCGAACCGGGCAUAGAAGUGCCACCCUGUCCCCUGGAUCUAGGCGAUAGCAGUGAAGAAAGUGCCGGUGGCACAGAACUGGGCGAUGAAAUGGCCACCAGCAGCAAUUUGGAAAGUACUCGAGAGUCACGUCUGCGUAGCGCUUGUAGAGAAUAUACAGCUCAAUAUCGUGAACUCCAAGAGAAAUAUCACGAGGCCAUCUAUGCGGCAGCCGAGAAAGUUCUAAAAACCUCACAAUCCGGUCAGACGAAACAGCUAAAAGCCUCGCUAGACAAAGUCACAGGCGAGGUAAUGCAUCAGCUGCAGGAAGCGCGACGAAGUGAGGUCAAGAACUUGGCCACAGUGCACAGAGAUCGCGAUGAAUUAGUCAGAAUGAAACGUGAAGUAGCCAGCUCCGUGGUUGAGCGUGGAGUGGCGGAACGUGUUCGACUGAAGCAGACUUUCGAUAAGCGAACAGAUGAAUUGCAAAAGCAACACGACUUUGUGCGCAAUGCCUUGGCCGAUCAUCGGGCCAAGGCCCGUCAAAUACUCGACAAAGAUGCCGAAUCUCGCAGCUGUGUUUCGAAUAAUGGCUUCCUGGUGCUCUUCCAUGGAACACAUCAUCAUGGCUGCUCAUCUGGAGCAGCAAUGGGGUCUGGCACCACUACAUCGGGCAAUAAUCUCACACUUAAUUUGGAUGGUGGCGGUGGCGGUGGAGCUGUUGGUGGUGAUUUAGGCAUUUCACCCGCCAAAUCUCACAACAGUAUUGUUAACGAAAUGAAGACGUAAAUUGUCUAUCUUUCUCAACCUCAAACCAAACCCCACCCCACCCCACAUUACCCCUAGUAAACUCCAAAGUUCACUUCACCUUCUCCCCCACUUAGAAUUAGAUGUUGUUCUUCGGUUUUCAGUAUUUGCGAUAGUUGUGUUAAAAAAAAAACAAAAAGGGAAAAACAUAAACAAAAAAAAAUAUGAAAUGAAAAAAGUCUUCGUAGCUCUUAAGUGGUGCAGCAGUUUUAAAUCAACUCUGAACCUUGACUAGUUAAACAAAAACAAAAAACCAGAAACCUAACUGUAACAGGAAUCACAUUUUUCUACUUUAACUGAACAAACUAGUUGUACUCUAUAUAAUUGUAUAUCUAGUGUAACUCUAACUGUCGGUGUAUGAACAAAACAAAAACAAAAAACAUCUAGAAAAAAAAAAACAAACGCAAAAAACAUACCAAAAGAUUAUUUCGGAAUGCCGAAUUAUAUAUAAACCCUUUGCAGAUAAGUUUGACUAUUGAUUCAAAAAAUUUUCAUUGAAUCACUUAACUUUUGUUUUAAACAAAUUUUUGUUCUACUUGUCCGAUUUAAGGAAAAGUUCAAAAACAUUUUUAUGAUGGAAAAUUCUCUAUUUUUAAGUUUUAAAACAAAAAUAGUGUUAAAUUCUGUUUGACUGAUUGAUUAUAUGUGAUUAUUUAAAAAAUAUAUAAAUAUAAGUUUUAUAUAAUUUAACGCACAAUCUGCACAAAAUUUCAAAGAGGUCAAUUUAGUCUCGCUUGGAUCUUUAUAUUUGUUUUAAGAACCUAAUUGAUUUGCUGAUGCUUUUAACUAUAAUUUGUUUUUUUCUCGUCUGCAUGGGUUUAUAUAGUUACCAAAAUCUUUGUCCAAACCGUAACGGUUUCUUCCUACAAUGAUACUUCUCUGAAACUCUGAGUGUCUAUUUAAGUCAAGCGAUUAAUAUUUAUUUAACUCUAUAUAUAAAUAUAUACGAACUAAGCGAUGCUAAUAAUGGGAGAGAGAGUCUACUCCAAUUUCUAAUGCUAAA